AUGGAUGCCAUCAUCCGCCCGAGCGAGGAUGCUCCCAGGUGUUUCAGUGGCGUCAAAUCAAAGUGUCCGAAUGGACCUGUGCUGUCGACGUUGACCUCAAAGGCCCCGGUCCAAGAUAUCGCCCCAAGAUACAUAAGCGAGCACUGUGUCACUUAUGCCCCAUGGCUCGGCGCGGUCUUCGUCUGCGACGAGCUUUACAAGCUCAUCGACGGCAAGAAGAACAUCGAGGCGUACAAGAACGGGUUCGUGAAGUUCGCCCUGCUGUUCAUCGGCCCCUCGGAGUCGAUCCCGCGGAAGAUGGACAAGAACCACUUCGAACUCGAGAACGAUCUCACGCUCAAGGAUAUCGUCGGGCUGGGGCCAGCGCGAGCACAAGCUUGA